AAGAAAGAGAUGAAGAAGAGUGAGAUGGAGAGAGAGGGUGAGUGAGAGUAAAAUUGUGCGAGUUGCUGAAAAUCAAUUGAAAUUGAAAAUUUUGAUUAAUUUACCAAAAUUGUGUUAGUUUAUUCUUGUUAAUAGGUUAACAACUUUAUAUUAUUUCUUCUAACUUAAAUUGUGUUUAAAAUGAAUACAAAAGUAUCCAAUGUGUCCUCAAGCGCCUCUUACGCCUCACCAGCGGCCAUACCAGUAACCAAUGUGUCUCCUGGUGUUACCCCCAACAACACAUCCUCAACUCCCUCAACAACAUUAUCUACUAUCUCUACCGAUGCUGAUCCCAAAUCGACUUCCACUCCUGAAAUUAAUCCGCAAGCCAUUGGCAGAGCCUUCGUCAGACAAUACUAUACCAUGUUAAACUCCGGCCCGCACAUCUUACAUAGAUUUUAUAGUGAUGAAUCGGCAUUAUUACAUGCCGGGUCCAGUUCGUCCGAAGACCCUUCAAGUCCGGUCUAUGGUCAAGAGAAUAUUUAUAAGAAAAUAAUGUCGCUCAAUUUUAAGAACUGUCACACCAAGAUUAUUCACGUUGAUAGUCUUGAGACUGUCGGCAAUGGUGUAGUCAUUCAGGUUAUCGGAGAGCUCUCCAAUGAUUCGCAGCCGAUGAGGAGAUUUUUACAGACUUUUGUGUUGGUACCCAGGUCUCAAACUAACUACUACGUACGAACAGAUAUUUUUCGCUACCAAGAUCAGGAUGACGAUGAGAUCUGUGAGUCAGAGAAGACCGAUGAAGUUAGUAAAGAAAGUGCUGAGCUUCAAUCGUCGCCCGUUAACCCACAAGGACAACAAUCGCUUCAUCCAGUUAAUCCUCCUGCUCCUUCAUCAGCUGUUGAACAAUUCAACAGUCCUGUUAUCCCUGAAAGCGCAAAUGAUAGUUGUCCUAACAAUGAAGUACCCAAGUAUCCUGAGUUGAGUAUCAACGGUAAUCUGAGUGAUGUACCACACAUUGAAGAUACUGUUGAAAUCCCAGUCGAAACAGUAGUAGUAGAAAAACCCAAAAUCGACUUUCCCGUCAAUAACAAUAUUGAUGAAGGUUAUAAUGAAGGAGAAGAUCGCUUAGUCAAUGAUAGCUCUGGGUCACAUGGUUCAGAAGAACAGAACUUCGAAGCCACUCAUGAAGAGAGUGGCAACGCAAACGAGCCCAAGACUUAUGCAAAUAUGGUCAGCAAAAAUCCAGGCAGUGCAGCUAAUAUCCUUCAUUCGCCUCCAUUUUCUACAACCAAUAAUUCGGUUGCUAAACCAGCCGAUUCUAACAAUGGGGCAAUUGGUGUGACUACUUUUAAAAAUAAAAAUUGUAGGUCCAAUGACAAGAAUACCGAGAGUAGCCAAUCAACUGGUCCUUCUGUAACACCUCUACCAACUACAAACCAUCAGCAGACUAGCAAUAGUGCUAAUGUUGGUAAACCUAUGAACAAUAAUAAUCAAAGAGAAACAAAAAAUCGUGGAUCUCGAGGUGAACAAGGAAGGAAAACUCGCAAUGAAAAUCGCGAAAUUACUCCUGGUAAUGACAAUGACUUGACCCAAGCUGACUCUAGUGGUGAUUUUUCGGUACGAAAGCAACAGUUUUCUGAUGAACAACAAGUAUUUGUUGGUAAUCUACUUCAGGACAUAACCGAAGAUCAACUCCGUAACUUUUUCUCUAAGUACGGAAAUAUCAUAGAUGUUAGAAUAAAUAGAACUAAUCAAAAACAAGGAAGAACCCCGAACUAUGGAUUUGUGACAUUUGAUGAUCCGUCUAUUGUUAAGAAAAUUCUUUCAAUGAAACCAAUAUAUUUUGAUGACCAUCGCUUUAACGUUGAAGAGAAAAGAUCACAAGCUAAUCGUGGAAACGGUACCAAUAACACUAAUAGGACAGGAACUGGUGGAAUCCAAGGGUCUAAUACAGGAAGAUCAAUCAAUAACUCAAACUCAUCUGGAUCACGUAAUCAGUCUGGAGUUCGUCGAGAUCGGGCACGUCGGGAUCGUGGAGACAGAGGAGAUCGAGAAAGAAUAGGUGGAGGAGAACGUGAUAGAUUAGCGGGAAAUGAUAAGGAUAGAGUCGAGAUAGUUUCAAAAUUGGUUAAGAAUAGAUAGAGAAUUCCCAAAUAUGAAAAAAUUCCUAAAGACAGAAAAAGAUCCAGAAUUGCUGGCUUGAUAUUAUAAAUGUUUGUAAUUAAUAAGGUUGGCUCGUAAAAGACAACUUCUGGUUCUUUUCGAUCCAACUUAAAAUGAUGAUAACGAGUAUCUUUACUGAAUUUCUUCAAAACGGCAAAUAAGUUUGACAUCAGGGGUGCAACCUUAUAAGUUGAUCCAGUGACUGUUGUUAACAGCAUUUGUUGACUCCUAGGUGAACUCGUGAUUUGUUUCAACAUUGAAUUUAUAAAUUGUUUACUCACACCACCACCAAGCUCGUCUUUAAAUGUAUUAGAUGAUUGAUCUGGAUGAUGAUUAUUGAAAACAAGA